AUGAGUUCUGGUAACAAGUGGGUCAUGGAGGAGGUAACUGUGACGGAUAUAUACAGAUGGUGUAGGGAGAAGGGAGUGGAACCUAUAUGCAGUUUUGUUCUUAUUGGACCGCUUAACGCAGUUAAUGAUGACUUGGCGGUAAGUGCAGUGGGAAACUUUUAUGGCAUCAGUCAGCCCUGUGUGGUGGAUCGGUGGAAAGGACAAUCUGGGGAUACCUAUGCUAUAUUGAUUAGUAAUAGGAACCCAUUGGAUAAGACUUUAAUCCCCCUCAUGGUAGUAGUGGAAGGGGCUGUUGGAGGGAAAGUACAAGUGAUAUGGCCUGAAGGGGAGGAGAUGGUAGCAGCUGAGGCCCUAUCGGGAGGUGAUUCAGGUACCGGGCCCCUACUGGUAGUGGAUUCCCCGCCUACUGCUGACCCCCAAGAGUCUUCAGUGAAUAAGGAGGAUGUCUCGGGAACAGGAGUAGAGGCGGUCGUAGACAAGAUGGUCAGUCAACUGGAGCGUUGGCAUUAUGAGGGAGGAUACCGUAGACUCAGAAUAUUCUCGGGAAUUACACCAGUACCGGCUGGAGAAGAGACUUAUGACACUUGGCGAGAGGCUGCCAUUCAGCAUUCGGAAGAAUGGCAUUGCCCAGAGCAUAUAAAAAAGCAGAGAAUAGUAGAGAGUUUACGGGGACCUGCUAUGCGGGUAAUUCAGGCUACUAGGAGGAGUAAAACAACAGCCACUUUAAAGGAUUACAUCGAAGCUCUGGACUUCUCGUAUGGAACACUCGAGGAUGUGGGUGAUUUGUUAGCUCGACUAAAUAGGACGUACCAGGAGCCGGGGGAGACGUUGACCCACUAUAUUUAUAGGGUGGAUAGACUAAUCUACCAGAUUGUCGACAAAGGAGGCAUUGAAAAGGGGGCCGUAGAUGAGCGACGUAUGAGACAGGUGUUAAAAGGAGCCAUGACUAACCAUCCGGUGGCCCAGCGAUUACGAUGCACAAUGGCUCGGGGACCUCCGCCUACUCUCACUGAAUUGGUCAAAGAGGUUAAAUUAGAAGAGAUUCAGAUAGAUACCCGAGAAAAAAAUAUAAAAAGAGUGAAGGUGGUAUUACCUACUCCAUCCCCCCCUAAAAUGGAUGAGAGGCUUUUGAAGCUGAUUGAGGAACAAAAUAAAAAGAUCGAUCAGCUGAUUGCUCUACAAUCCAGCCCACAGUCUAAUACAGGAUGGCCUGUCAUGAGAGGACGGGGAAUGACUCAGGGAAGUAGGAGUAGGAAUCACAUUAUAUGCUAUAGCUGUGGUCAGCCAGGACAUAGGUCCUUUGAAUGUCCCGGCACUGGAAGCGGCUGGGGAGGAAAUACAACUCACACCCCUCCACCACCAGAUCACCAACUGGAAAACUUCAGUGGGAGUGCUGUGACCCCCUCACAGGCUCCCCGAUUCUAA